CUAAAAUUUGGGAGCGAAAUAGUAUGAUCCGACGGCGAAGAUCCUUCUGAAACGAACAAAGCGAGUCCUACGUCCCGAAGAGCAAAACAUGGCAUUACCCAAAGAAAAAAAAAAAAAUGAAAGCAAAACAUGGCUGCCUUACUGAAGUUUUGUGGUAAUGAAUUAAUGAUAUUGUUUCCUUAAUAUGCCUCUGGUACCCAAUUCAAGCUUCUUCCUCGUCGUCUUCAAAAGAUUAUCCUUUCUUUUCCUGUAAUGGGUGUUUGUUUCUAGGCAAAGUUUCUUUCUUUUCCCAUUGUUUUGCUUUCACUAAUCGUAUGCAAGAAAAUGGAUGCGUCAUUUUUUGCUAGAGAGUCGUUCUCAUCGAGUAUCGGCGACUCUGCAGAACUCGAGAGCAAUCUCACUCUCAAAGAUCGCUUAAAGACGUUCAAGUCUUCUAAGUUCGAUCCCAAUUCAUAUCUCACCUCCAAAUGCCAGAACAUGACCGAGAAGGAGAUAAAGCAUCUUUGCUGGAAUUUGGUUGAGUUGAAGAAUUCAUCUGCAGAGGAAAUGCGUAAAAGUGUUUAUGCUAAUUAUGGAGCCUUUAUACGCACAUCAAAGGAGAUUACAGUUCUUGAGGGAGAGCUCCUGUCUAUGAGAAAUUAUCUAUCUACUCAAGCAGCUCUAGUUCAUAGUUUAGCUGAAGAUAUUAGGAUUGAUACCGUGUCAAAUGGUGCUGAAGAUUCAGCCGAAGAGGACAUAUUUAUUGUUGAAAAUAAAGAACAUUCCAAAACUGAGAAUUGGUUGGUAGAUUUUUUGGACACUCUGGAAGUCCUGUUGGCUGAAAAGAGAGUGAGUGAAGCUAUGACAGCGUUGGAUGAAGGAGAACGCCUAGCAGAGGAAGCUAAUGGAAGCAAAAAAUUUAGCCCGGGUGCACUUCUAAGAUUGAAGAACACCAUUGCUGGACUGAGACAAAAACUAGCUGAUCAGCUUGCAGAUACUAUUUGUGAGCCUUCUACCUGUGGUGGUGAGCUUCAUGCAGCUGUUUUAGCUCUUAAAGACCUUGGGGAUGGUCCUCAUGCCCAUACCUUGUUACUAAAGUCUCACCAGCAAAAGUUACAGUGCGGUAUGCAAAGUCUUCGCUUGUCAAACACUUCAUUUGGAGCAACAUUUAUUGCAGCCCUUUCGCAGAUUGUGUUUUCAACCAUUGCAAAAGCAUCUAGUGACUCCUUGGCAGUGUUUGGUGAGGAACCUGCAUGUUCAUCUGAGCUUGUGACUUGGUCUGUCAAGCAGACAGAAGUCUUUUCUCUGCUUCUGAAGAGGCAUGUUCUGGCUGCAUCAGCAGCCUCCGGAAGUCUAAGAGUUGCCUCUGAAUGUAUCCAGAUAUGCUUGACUCAUUGUUCUCUGUUGGAAGCUCGUGGCUUGGCACUCUCUCCUGUCCUAUUGAGGCCAUUCAGGCACACCCUGGAAGAGGCAUUAAGAACCAACUUAAAAAGAAUUGAGCGGACGUGCGCUGCACUAGCUGCUGCAGAUGACUGGGUACUCACCCAUCCACCAAUUGGUUCACGUCCAUUGUCUUCUACUGCCUCUCUUAGCAAUUCAAUUGUGUCACAGCCAAAACUUUCAAGCAGUGCUCGCAGAUUCAGUUCAAUGGUUCAGGAAUUUUUGGAAGAUGUGGCACCCCUUGAGAGUCUUCAGCUAGAUGGACCUGCACUUGAAGGUGCUUUAGAAGUAUUCAACUCCUAUGUUAGUUUGUUGAUAAACGCAUUGCCUGGAUCAAUGGAACAGGAAGAGAAUGAAGGUUCCAGUGGCAAAGUUGUCAGGGUGGCAGAAACUGAAGCCCAACAAAUAGCCUUGCUUGCUAAUGCAUCAUUGUUGGCAGACGACGUGCUCCCACGUGCUGCCGUAAAGCUUUUGCCUUUGAGCCAGUCUAACAGAGUUGAUGCCACCCCUAAAAGAGGAUCUUCAGACAGGCCAAGCCGUGUUCCAGAUCAAAGGGAAUGGAAAAGGAGGCUCCAACGCUCAGUUGAUCGCUUGCGAGAUAGCUUCUGUAGACAUCACGCCCUUGAACUCAUCUUUACAGAUGAUGGUUACAUCCGUCUCAAUGCACAGAUCUACUUGAGCAUGGAUGGAAACACACAGGAACCUGAAUGGUUCCCCUCUUCAAUUUUCCAGGAACUUUUUCUUAAACUGACACAAAUAGCAAGCAUUGCAACUGACAUGUUUGUGGGUAGGGAAAGGUUUGCCACUAUUCUAUUAAUGAGACUGACAGAGACUGUGAUCCUUUGGCUUUCUGAAGACCAAACCUUCUGGGAAGAGAUAGAGGAAGGGCCUAAGCCUCUAGGUGCUCUUGGUAUUCAACAAUUUUAUUUGGAUAUGGAGUUUGUGAUGGUGUUUGCUUCUCAAGGCCGGUAUCUCUCCAGAAAUCUUCAACAAGUAAUCAAAAACAUUAUUGAGAGAGCUAUUGAGGCAGUUUCUAAUAGCGGACUUGAUCCAUACAGUGUUUUACCAGAGGAUGACUGGUUUGCUGAAGUUGCUCAAAUAGCGAUAAAGAUGUUAACUGGAAAAGGCAACUUUGGCAAUGUGGAUCGAGAGGUUACAAGCCCUACCGCGUCUGUAAUGUCUUCAGUUGUAUCUCAUGGAAGUAAUUAGAAUCCUGUUACUAAAUGUUUGUACACAUUGCAGAAAGCAAACAAGAAGUCUCUAGGAAUCACCAUCCAUGUUGCUAUAGAAUUUGGAAAACAACUUUACAGGACACAUAAUUUUGAGGCUUAGCUUGAAAUUUGACGAUGUCUUUCUAUGCUCUUAAUCAUAUUUACUAGUCUUCAGGUGUAAUGAUAAAUGUGAGAGACCCUUGUUGAGAUUACAAAAGAAAGACGGAGUUUCUGUUCUUGGGAUGAACCUCAAGCUCCAAACCAUAACAAGAACACCUCAUGUCUGCAAAUAUGAAGUCUUUUUUUAGGGCCAAAAGACAACCUUCUCGAAGGAUGGUUACCGGCUUCCAUGAGGGAAGUCAAGGCAUUGAAAAGCUUGGAUUUAAGCCACAGCAAGCUCACUGGUGAAAUUCCAGAUGAAUGUUUAAAGCUGAGUGAGGAACCUGAAGAACUUAUUAGAUAUCUAUUGGAGGGAAAAAAUCUUUUUGAGUUAAUAAACCUGAAGCAAUGGCAGUAGGUCGAGCUAUUGCCCCAGGCUAACUGGGUUUUGAAAUUUUUGGAAAAUGCAACAAAAAUUUCGGCAAGAAUUGCCUAGUAUUAAAUGAAAUAUUAACCUUGACAACAUUUGGGCAACUACAGCAUCAGAGUGCCUCUUGAGUUGAGCCCAGUUGAUUGUAUUUCAUGUAGUCAAUGCCAUUUAACCGGAUACAACAUAAGAUCUGCUCUGGCAACUCUUCAUGUUUGUUCCCCUGUAUUAGAAUGAGCUUAUUAGGUAUAAGUAUAUUGCCUGAAUGAACGUAUUAGGUAUAU